CGGCGGUGUGCGCGUGUCCGGGGCCGGCUGGAGACCGCGUGCCUUGGAUCUGUGACGCCCCCGGGCUACUGCAGCGCUCGAUACCUCGGCCGGACGACGCCACCAUCGAACAUCGCCGGCGGAUCGGACCAUCGAUUCCAACACAGAUAGUGAUAUGGCAUCCACCGGUGACCUGGGGCCACGCCGACCUCGCCUGGAUGACCUAAGGCCACACCUAACCUGCGUCAUCUGUGCCGGCUACUUCAUCGAUGCCACCACCAUUGUUGAAUGCCUGCACACAUUUUGUCGUUCCUGCAUACUACGCCACCUUGCAGCCAGCAGCUACUGUCCCGUGUGUGACGUCAUGAUACACAGGACCAAGGGCUCCACCAGUCUCAGGGCAGACCGCAUCCUCCAGACCAUGGUGUACAAACUAGUCCCGGGCCUCUUCAGAGAUGAGAUGAAACAGCGGAGACAGUUCUACGAGAUGAAACCCUACGCAGACCCGGAGCUGCCUGGCUGGGCCAAGGGGGACGUGGACUCGUUCGUGCCGCACGUCUACACGGCCGACGAGGACGUCCACGUCCGGCUGGCGCUCUUCACCGCCGACCGGGCUUGCGGGGCCAGCUCCGAGGAGUCGGGGAAAGAGCCGUCUGAAGCCGUACCCCCGGCGCGCUACCUGCGCUGUGCGGCCCGUACACCGCUCACCGUGCUGCAGAAGUUUGUCCGGACCAAGUUCCAGCUAUCCCCAGUUGUGCAGGUCCAGCUAAUCUAUGGGGAGCAUGUUCUUCCGGAGGACAUCAGCCUGAUGGACCUGGGCUUCAUGUACCGCCCGACGCAGGGCGCUCCGGUCCGGUUGGCGUACCGCUUCGUGAGGAAGCGUCCUGCCGCCUCGCGGCCGCCGGAGGUGGCGGGGGAGCCUGCCGCGAAGCAUCCGAGGAUAGGACCUGCGGAGCUGAAGCGGCCCGUGGUCCUCCUGGAGCGGAUGUUCGACGCCGACGACGAGGAGCCGUCGUCGCCGCAGGUGGUGGAGGACAUCAUCGCCAGCCUGGACGCGGAGGAGGAGCCCGGCGGCCUUGCCCAGAACAGAGCAGCUCGACCUCCUGGCGAUCUGACGGACUACUUGGCGGCGCAUGACGACAAGGUCCUCUGUUCGUCCUCCGGACGCUGUGUUGAGCCCUCCACGGACUGCGAUGGUCCCUCCGCAGCGGCUAGUGACGCAAGAGAGGCUGGCGUCGGUGAUCCCUCCGCAGCGGCUAGUGACGCAAGAGAGGUUGGCGUCGGUGAUCCCUCCGCAGCGGCUAGUGACGCAAGAGAGGCUGGUGUCGGUGAUCCCUCCGCGUCGGCUAGUAACGCAAGGGAGCCUGGUGUCGGUGAUCUCUCCGCAGCGGCUAGUGACGCAAGGGAGGCUGAUGUCGGUGAUCUCUCCGCAGCGGCUAGUGACGCAAGAGAGGCUGGUGUCGGUGAUCCCUCCGCGUCGGCUAGUGACGCAAGGGAGCCUGGUGUCGGUGAUCCCUCCGCGUCGGCUAGUGACGCAAGAGAGGCUGAUGUCGGUGAUCUCUCCGCAGCGGCUAGUGACGUGAGGGAGGCUGGUGUCGGUGCCGGUGAUGACAGCACGUGCUCUUCGGAAGUGGGCAUACACGCGCUGAGCGAGGACGCCCUCACUCGGUCUCAGGAAGAGAUGAGCCUGGCAGACAGCGGCAGGUGCUCGUCAGCCAGUGACGCAGACGCGACGGACAGUGAAGCGGCUGUCGGUCUGAGCUACGCGGCGAAUAGUGACGCACUCGCCGAGGAUUGCCAUCACAUGGUCGAAUCCAAUGGUGUUUCAGUGACGUCCAAAGAAGCUCUCGCGAACUGUGAAAGAGAUCACUCCGCUUGUCACAUCGUCAGUGAGGGUGUGAACAACGAAUCGGGGUCCGACUUUGCUGGGAAAAUGUCACGUACUGCAAAAGUUCAACACUACGAGGGGCGUGAUGAGACAGGGAAUGUGUCCAGCAGAACAAUCCACCCAGCGAGAAGUGACGUUGUGGCCAUGCCUGAUAACACUGGCGACGAUAAUCACGUGAAACGAAACGGAGAAGCAACAGGUGGCCUGCUCGUGGUGUCUGAAGGAAGCAGCAAGAAUGGGCGACGCGACGAGCAAACGACCGCCCAUCUGGAGGCGUCCGGGGAGGAUUGUGAAGCGGGUGCGGAGGUCAGCGAGCACGACACCGAAGCGGCUGGCGGCACCACUGCAUCCAGUGUCCCGCCCUCGAACCCAACAAGGGAACCUAAGGAUGGCUGCGAUGUCCGUAGGGGAUCACCCCAGCAGGCCAGUCCCUCCACCAUUCCUGAACCUGACCACUCCGCGCCGUCUGGGCUCGCUAAGAAACCUGACCUCGCCAGGGUCACUGCGGGCCCUGAGACAGUUCCCUCCAGGCCCUCCGUGUCGUGCUCCACCCAGGCAGCGGAGCCGCAGGGACAGCGUCUCACCCCUCCGACAAAGGUGGACUGCUCCGUGCAGACCGUGCCCGCGGCACGAGUGAGGAAGGUGUCCAAAGAGAGGUCUGUGUUUUACACCGACGCAAGGAACAACUCAUCGCUUGGUCAUCCUGUUACUUCACAACGGAAUUCGCUGAAAAGUUUGGCACCAGCGUUGGCUGGUCGUGGACCGCGAAGCGAAAGGGACACGACGUGCAGGACAAGACCACCACCUGCUAUGGUACCGCAACCGCUCGGUGGUAGUGCCUUGGACGAACCUGAUUUCAAGGGACGGAACGGACUGCCGACGCCGACAGAGUGCGAUGAAACAUUACCAAAUGAACGAGCGCCGAAAGUCAUUCCAAAGAAGAAUCCCACAACAGUGCUUAAGAUUCCAUACGCAUCUGCCAGAAAAUACAGCCUAGCGACGUCGGAAUCAGCAAAAAUCUCUGAAAUGUAUCCCAUAACUAAACUCAUGGACUUCAAAAUGGCCGAAAACCGCCCUAGCAGUCCCAACAUGUCUAGCGGAAAGCUAUCUAAUGACUUCAUGCAGUAUUUCAGAGAAAUACGCGGAGCUCCAGGAAGCACGACCAAAUCCUUCGAUAAGCACUACAAGACCCCCACUGGAGUUCCUCUUGAUCUUUCCACACACGUGGAGAAGACGGCUGUCGCUGAUUCGACAUCGACACUCGGGAAGCCAUCGUCUCCUGCACUCAAGUCAAAGCCGCGGAAGCGCAAGCCAGCAAAGGCCCAGGGCACUCAGACGAUACACUCAAUUGUGAACAGUCUUUCUCGGUCUCACCAGAUAUCACUAACGCCCAUUCCCUCCGCCUCGGCAGGAACACAGGCCACUCCAUCUCCGAAGGCCUCGGCUCCAAAAGAGCACCGUUCAACACCCUGCGCACCGAUGCCCGUGCCGUUCCCCUGGACGCCCUCCUCUUUGGCUCCGAACAACCUUUACUCGGCUCCGCUGCAUGUCAACACGAGCAUGGCCAGCCGCUUGGGCUACGACAUGGCCAUGCGAAAUCUGCUGACACUCUCCCACAUGGCCAUGGCCCAGGGCGGUGUGGUCCGUCCGCCCAUGUUUCCGAUGCAGGCCAUGUUCCCGCCUCGGCCCAAGAGCCAGGACUUCCACCCGAUCCCAGACCCGUCGCUGCUGCGGCAGCAGUCCGAGGCGCGGAUGGGGGCCGCCUCCAAGAAGGCGUCGCCGACGGCGGGCACCACGGCUCCGCAGCUGCGGACUCCGACCGCGCUCACGUCGGCCUCGAUCCAGCACAUGGAGGACCUGACGCGGACGCUGGGCAAGCGGCCCGAGAAGCAGCGUCACUCUGUCACUGUGACGGCCGUACCCUCCCGCCAGUGACGUCAGCCGGGCGGCCCGGGUGCAGGCCGACGCCAGUGCCGCAGGCCGCCAGACCCUUGGUCGGUCGAUCGACACCCGACACCAGCCGCGGGCGCCCCGGCUGCAGGCGGUGACGUCACACUCGCCGGGUUUUGCCUGUCGUCGGUUAUCGCAACGCUUCGCCGAUGACGUCACCCGAGUGGCCGGCCGCCUCGGUCUGCUGCCGCCCGCGCACGCGUACCGGCGAGCGGCGCGGCGAGGUCGGGCGCGUGGGCCCGAGUACCCCAGGGUCAGCGACCCGGCGGGCCAAGAAUGGCGCGCCGGUACUGGACACAACCUGAGGCCAGCGACGGGGCAGCAGGCAGCGCACGCUUGGCGCGACGUCCCCGGUGCAGACUGGGCGCCGGCGGCUCCCAUUACGUGAGUGUCAGCAUCCUGCGUUUACAGUGAUGGCUAGGUUCAUGCAACGACAUGCCUUGAAGACAAAUUUUGACGCAUACCUUGCUGUUCUGUAAAGAUGUUCUAUGCAUAUUGAACCCAAAAAUAAUUACUGUCUGAAAGAUGUCAUUUGCCGAAAGGAGCUGUGGAAGUGUGCAAGUGCUACCUCGAGCUUAUGCUGUAAAAUAGCUUGUAGCGUAAAACAGUGAUGCGUACCUAGCAACGCAUCGGCAAUGAACGCGCACCUGUCCGUCGAAUGCGUAAUUGCAUUCCUUCAAAAAACGAUGCGUGGACAUAGAUGGGAGAGGGAGGCGUGGCUAGAUCUCAGCGAGUGCGACAUUCUAUGCCCGAUCUUGACGAGGCUCGUAACGAGACGAGUUAGACGAGACUCGGAUAAGUUGCGGUUUUAUAGCGUUCGAUGUUCGACGUUUGACGUUCGACGUCGUGCUGUCUCGGUGUUUGGCCGUGAUAAAAAUGACAGUUUUGUUCAGAAUCUAACGCGGUGUUUGUUUUUCCAGUUACCUGCCUCCUAGAAUGUUGUGACUGAUGUCUUGCAAUGCACAUGCUUGAAGUUGUCAUUGCUCAUUGCGUAUCGCUGAUUUGAAGGCUUUUUCCAUACCAGUGUCCGCUAUCCUGCCGGUGCCAAACCACCAGCGUAGUACAUGAGCGUCUGCAAAUAUGUAAAUACAUAUGCAAGCGGA